AUGGGAGGUAAUGAAGAUCAUGAUGAAAAGUUUCUUGAAAACUUGCAAUUACCUCCCAAUUUAAUGAGAUUAAAGAUAGUUCAAUAUAGUGGCAAGGUUAUGUCUUCCAAAUGGGUAACCUUACUAAAAAAGUUGAGGUUUUUGUCAUUAAAUCAUUGCAUGAAGCUGGAUAAUUUACCUCCUUUGGGAAAAUUAUCAUCCCUUGAAUCACUUAUUAUAAGGAGUUCAAGGAAUGUGGAAAGAGUGGGUAAUGAAUUUUUGGGAUUGGAAAUUACAGAUAGCAAAUCCUUGGCGGAGGCAUUUCCCAAGUUAGAACAUCUCGAAUUUCAAGAUAUGAAAGAAUGGAAAGAAUGGAACUACGGGAUUGUGUUUGCAAAAGAAGAAAAUGUUAAAAUCAUGGAACGUAUUGAGUCCCUCACAAUUGCAUUCUGCCCCAAGUUAAAGACUCUGCCAGACUACAUUUAUAAGGCUACAACUUUGAAGGAGUUGAAGAUCAUCUCAUGCCCUGAGCUAGAGAAGAUAAAGGACAGUAUCCAAACGAAACUGAUGGAUUCAUCUGGAUGCCGCCCGAAAUUUUUUGAUCUCAAAUAUAUUGAAAAAGGCAGCCAUUGA